GCACGGAGAGGGGCAGCCUGACCUUGGAAGGGUCCUUCCGAGGGUGACAUUCAGCCGGCGGUUCGAGGAGACGGACCUUCCACCCUAGACCAUGGCCAAGUUUGUCCGUAACUUCGCGGAGAAAGCCCCGGGGCUAGUAUCCGCUGCUGUGACUUACUCGAAGCCUCGAUUGGCCACAUUUUGGCAAUACGCCAAGGUUGAGCUGGUUCCCCCAACCCCUGCUGAACUCCCUGCAGCUAUUCAGAGUGCGAAAAAAAUAAUUCAAAGUGCUAAAACUGGUAGCUUCAAACAUCUUACAGUUAAGGAAGCUGUGCUGAAUGGUUUGGUGGCCACUGAGGUGUGGAUGUGGUUUUAUGUCGGAGAGAUCAUAGGCAAACGUGGCAUCGUUGGCUAUGAUGUGUGAAGACUGACCUUCACAUCUGAUUUUAUUUGAGUUCUUUCAAUAUUCUUGGACCACAUGUAAUGAGACUGCUAUCUGAAUAAAAUACCAACUGUCAAAUAGCAGUGUUUCUCUGU